GCCUGCAAAAAUGUCUUUAUCCUUUUCCAAAGGCAUGUGGACUUGUGACCCUGCGGUGCGGAGGAGCCCUCACCCCCAAGGAAGGAACUAGAUCUGAUCUUUCCACCCCCUCUGCUUUUUUUGCUCUCUGCAUCAUGGAAGAGUGCAAUCAUCAAUCAAAGCAUAACUACCAACAUCGACAACUACCUUUGUCCUACCACCAUCCCCUCUAAUCGCCCCUUCUCUUGCUUCGGGAAAGCUGGUUCUGUACUCCAUACCUAUUAGCUUCACACUGUUCUGUACCCUUCCCAUGAUUUCCUCUCCUUCCAGGAUAAUCCACAGCUGCACUGCAGAUGAUCUCGGAUAUGGGCAUCAAAGCGUUCAUGAUCUCCUUCAUCACCACCUCAUUCCUCCUCUCUCUCCUGCUUCUCCCAGCGUUCCUCGGCAAAUCCAUCUCUCCCUUCCACCUAUCCGACCACCUGCGGCGGCCUCCCCAGCCGAAACCGUAUCCCGUCACCUUCGCCUACCUCAUCUCCGCCUCUACCGGUGACGUCGACCGGCUAAAGCGCCUCCUCACCGCGAUCUACCACCCCGGCAACUGCUACCUUCUCCACCUCGACCUCGAGGCCUCGCCAUCAGAGCACGCCCGGCUGUCCGACUUCGUCUCCAAGCACAAGACCUUCGCGCGAUUCCGCAAUGUCUGGCUCGUCGGCAAGUCGAACUUGGUCACCUACAGAGGACCCACGAUGCUGUCCACCACCCUCCACGCCAUGGCCGUCCUGCUCAGGAUCCGCCAGUGGGAUUGGUUCAUCAAUCUCAGUGCCUCCGACUACCCAUUGAUCACGCAAGAUGAUCUAAUCGUGGCCUUCUCUACCUUGCCUAGAGAUCUCAACUUCGUACAGUACACCAGCCACUUGGGUUGGAAGAUAAAGAAGAGGGCGAAGCCUAUAAUCAUAGACCCUGCGCUUUACAGCCGCAACAAGUCAGAGGUGAUCUGGUCUGCGAACGAGAGGGGCCUUCCCACUGCUUUCAAGCUUUACACAGGCUCAGCUUGGACUAUACUCUCCAGAUCUUUUGCAGAGUACUGUAUUCUUGGCUGGGACAACCUACCAAGAACCCUCCUCCUCUACUACACCAACUUCAUCUCCUCACCGGAGGGCUAUUUCCAGACCGUGAUAUGCAACUCCAAGGAUCACCAGAACACCACGGUGAACCAUGAUCUCCACUACAUCACGUGGGACAAUCCACCCAAGCAACAUCCCUUGACUCUAGGACUCAAGGACUACAGAAGAAUGAUCCUGAGCAGUGUCCCCUUUGCGAGGAAGUUCAAGAAGAACGAUCCGGUCCUCGACAAGAUCGAUCGAGAGCUACUCCGACGCCGGAACGGGCAGUUUGCUCAUGGCGGCUGGUGCUGGAAUGGCAAGAGAGGUGGUUCCUCGGGAGGCAAUGCGAGAGGAAACUUGGGUGUUCUCAGGCCUGGGGCAGGCUCAAGGAGACUAAGAGCUCUGCUAACAAAGAUGCUCUCCCCAAGAAACUUCAGGAGAAGGCAGUGCAGGUGAGCUGCUCAGAUGAAAUCUACAUUUUUUUUGAGGUUGAGGAGAUUUUGAGAGGAAUAAAGUUGAAAGGUUCCCAUGGGAUGGAACAGCAUCAUCAACAAUGUAAUUCUUACGACCUACUUGGAUGUACAGAGGAUCCAAGUUAACACAAAAAUUGGUUUGCAUAGAAUGGUAGCAACACCCAAAAAAAUGAUGGCACCAUGUCAAUUCUAAUUC